AUGCUUUACUGCCAGUUACACGUUGGAGCAGGGUCAGCAGGCAGUAUUGUUGCUACACGUUUAUCUGAAGAUGGUGCGAAUGUAUUACUAUUAGAAGCAGGAGGAACAGAUCUUGUUGAUGAAAGAACACAAAUACCUUUAAUGUGGUUUUUCCUUAAAGGCACUGCAACGGAUUGGGGAUAUUGGACAGUGCCUCAAAAGUUUUCACAUCGGGCAAUGAAAAAUGAGGUAGCAAUGCAGAAAAAGUUAUUGGGCACGAGGAAAGAUGAUUGGGGGUUCAUCGGCAAUGAAUGCUAUGGAUUUGUUCGAGGGAGUCGGUUCGACUUUGAACAAUGGGAACGUGAAGGUGCCACUGGCUGGGGAUACGAUAAAGUUUUGCCGUAUUUUAAGAAGCUUGAAAACGCAAAAUUAACGGAUUAUGGAAAUUGCGUCACUGAAUUUGCAUUUGAUGUACUGCAUGCAGUAAUAACAGAAAAUUAUAAAACUAUUAAUGAAGGUAUUUGUGUCACACAAUCAAAUAUCAAAAAUGGAACUCGUUGUAACUCCGGAAAUUGCUACUUGAGGCCUGCAUUGGAAAGACAAAACUUGCAAGUUAGUCUCCGAUCUCAUGUUACCAAGAUUCUUUUUCGCAAAAACAAAGCUGUAGGAGUAGAAUUUGUGAAAGAUAACAAAACAAUUAGAGUUUUUGCCAAAAAAGAAGUAAUUCUGUCGGCAGGUGUUAUUGGUUCAGCUCAGAUUCUUCUUUUAUCAGGAAUUGGACCAACCGAGCAUCUUCGACAAAUGAAUAUUAAUGUCAAAUCAAACUUACCAGUUGGAAAAAACAUGCAGGACCAUCUUGAGUUUUUUCUCCAGUAUAAUAUAAAUAUGAGCUUAAAUACUAACAGUGGAAAUUUUGCAACACCUAGGCGAAUACUUAACUACGUAUUCAACAAGAAAGGUAUAUUUUCUGGAAGCGGUGGGGAUGUCAAUGUUUUUACACAUACAUGUAGGAAAAUGAACGAAGGUCCAAAUAUUCAACUUUCAAUUAUUCCAACUGCUUACGAAAAAGGCGCAGUUGAAGAUCCAUUUCUAGAUUUAAAGAAAGAGGUAGUUAAGGAACCUCUGAAACGUGUUAACUCAAACAGUUUUCAAGUUAUUUUAUACAUCCUGAAACCAAAGAGUAUCCGUUUUACUCGUCGUCUAGAGAAAACUAAUGCUUGGAAAAGUAUCAAUGCAACUAACAUAAGACACGAUACACCAAAUCACUGCAGUGAAAUAGAGUAUGACUCUGAGGAUUAUUGGGAGUGUAUGCUUCGCCAUUUUGCAAGAAGGGGAGAUCAUCAAAUGGGAACAUGUAGAAUGGGAUCAGUAAAUGAUCCCUCGUCGGUCGUUGAUCCUAGAUUGAGAAUGUUUCUAGGAGAAUCUUUGUUAAAGAUUUCCUCGAUUGCGUCAUUGACAAACUUUCUGAGUUUAGUUCUUCAUCCCAGACCUGUGGACCCACCAGAAAUAUUCGAAACCCCAAUCAGUAACACAUAUGACUACAUCGUGGUUGGAGCAGGGUCAGCAGGCAGUAUUGUUGCUACACGUUUAUCUGAAGAUGGUGCGAAUGUAUUACUGUUAGAAGCAGGAGGAACAGAUCUUAAUGAUGAAAGAACACAAAUACCUUUAAUGUGGUUUUUCCUUAAAGGCACUGCAAUGGAUUGGGGAUAUUGGACAGUCCCUCAAAAGUUUUCACAUCGGGCAAUGAAAAACGAGGUAGCAAUGCAGAGUUGA